AAGGUGUCAUCAUCACAAACACCAGAAUGGAAACCCGUGGCUCCACCACAUCCCUCGGUGGGUCUCCUCCCAAGCAGCCCCUCCCGGAGGGGCUUGACGGGAGUCACCCGGACACGGUGAACGCUCCCACCGGAGAAGGAGGAGGAGGUGGUGGAGAAGACGCUACGAGAUCACCGGCAGAAGAGGCCCCCUCUGCCGCACGAGAGCCGCUGAGUCGCCGCGUGCGCCUCAACGUGGGCGGCGUGUGCCACGAGGUGCUGUGGCGGACCCUGGAGAGACUUCCGCGGACCAGGCUCGGGAAGCUGAGGGACGCAAGCGUCGAUGGAGAGGCGGCGGCCCUCUGCGACGAUCACAGCCCCGGGGAGAACGAGUACUUCUUCGACCGUCACCCGGGCGCGUUCACGUCCAUCCUCAACUUCUACCGCACGGGCAAGCUGCACAUGAUGGAGGAGAUGUGCGCCCUCUCCUUCAGCCAGGAGCUCGACUACUGGGGCGUGGACGAGAUCUACCUGGAGUCGUGCUGCCAGGCGCGGUACCACCAGAAGAAGGAGCAGAUGAACGAGGAGCUGCGGCGCGAGGCGGACACGGCGCGCGAGAUGGAUGCCGAGGUGUUUGACGGCGCGUGCUGCGCGGAAAAGCGCAAGAGGCUCUGGGACCUCCUCGAGAAGCCAAACUCGUCCGUGGCGGCCAAGGUGCUGGCGAUCAUCUCGAUCCUCUUCAUCGUGCUGUCCACCAUCGCGCUGUCGCUCAACACGCUGCCCGACCUGCAGGAGACGGACGAGUACGGCAACGUGAUGGACAACCCGAGCCUGGCGCACGUGGAGGCGGUGUGCAUCGCGUGGUUCACCACCGAGUACAUGCUGCGCUUCCUCUCCUCGCCCAGCAAGUGGAAGUUCUUCAAGGGUGCCCUGAACGUGAUCGACCUCCUGGCCAUCCUGCCCUACUACAUCACCAUCUUCCUCACCGAGUCCAACCACAGCGUGCUGCAGUUCCAGAACGUCCGCCGCGUCGUCCAGAUCUUCCGCAUCAUGAGGAUCCUGAGGAUCCUGAAGCUGGCCCGCCACUCGACAGGCCUCCAGUCGCUGGGCUUCACGCUGCGCCGCAGCUACAACGAGCUGGGCCUCCUCAUCCUCUUCCUCGCCAUGGGCAUCAUGAUCUUCUCCAGCCUCGUCUUCUUCGCCGAGAAGGACGAGGACGACACCAAGUUCCGCAGCAUCCCCGCAUCCUUCUGGUGGGCCACCAUCACCAUGACCACGGUGGGCUACGGCGACAUCUACCCGCAGACGCUGCUCGGCAAGAUCGUGGGCGGCCUGUGCUGCAUCGCGGGCGUGCUCGUCAUCGCGCUGCCCAUCCCCAUCAUCGUCAACAACUUCAGCGAGUUCUACAAGGAGCAGAAGCGACAGGAGAAGGCGGUGAAGCGGCGCGAGGCGCUCGAGCGCGCCAAGCGCAACGGCAGCAUCGUGUCGAUGAACUCGCGCGACGUCUUCCCGCAGGGCGGCGACCUCUCCGACGUGCUCGUGGACCGCGGCGCGCACUCGCCGGGCAAGUGGCGGUGGCGGAAGCGCACCAUGUCGGAGACGAGCUCCGCCAGGUCCUUCGACGGCGCCGAGCGCCUCGACAGCCUCGCCGAGGAAAACCGCAGCAACAACGCCGCGAGCGCCGCCGCCGCCGCCGCCGCCACCGCCGCGCCGCUCAAUCUCGACGCGCAGAAGCUGAACGACGACUACAACGAGAUGGUCGGCGGGCCCGCGACGGCGCGCGGCGGCGGCGGUGGCGGAGGAGGAGGCUGCGGAGGAGGAGGAGCCACCAACGAAACUUUCGAGGACGCAUUCACGGACAAGCUGAUGAGCUUGGAGCGUCCGCGCAAGCCGCCGGAGCAGCAGCAGCUGACGACGUUGCUGCUGGGGCCACCGCCGCCGCUGCCACAUCCGCCGCACGGCGGCGCGGGCCCGGCGGCGUUCCAGCCCGGCAGCGGCGGCGGCGGCGGCAUGCUGCGUGAGCCGCCCGCCGUAGACACAAAGAAGAGCUUCUCCAGCCUGGACAGCUUCGCGAGCUGCAGCGCCGACUUCCUGGGCAAGACGCCCGACUCGACCACCACGAGCACGCCGUGCCGGCGCCGCGGUCACCAGGCGUACGGCUCGCAGGGGAACAUCCACGCCCACCCGCGCCUCCUCGCCGAGCCGCCCCGCGCCCCGCACUUCUCCAUGCCCAAGUUCGACGUGCAGCCGAGCCGCGACGGGAGCCAGACCACCGGCGUCUUCCCCGCGUACGGCCACGUGUUUGGCGGUGGUGUCGGCGCCGGCGACGUUGCCGGUGUUGGCGCCGGUACCUCCAAGUUGUCGAGCGCCUCCCACGGCUCCCUGCUGUGGGGGUCGCACCCAGCGGUCAAUGAGCUGAACGGGAACGUUUCCUCCGUGAGGUUCGUCGCGAAGUCCGGCAGCGAGGUUCUGUCCGAGUCGGCGACGGCUGGCGGCGGCGGCGGCGGCGGCUCCAUCGCCGCGCCGGCACCGGCGCCCUCCGGCAGGGCUUACGCAGGCGAGCAGCGCAAGCCGGCGCCCCUGCUCUACAAUAUCAAGGGCUCGCCGUCCGCGCCGGAGAACGGCAAGAAGAGCGCGCUGUCCUGGGAGGACGACGUGGGAGGGGCGGCCGACUUGGCCCGGGCGCUGCUGCACAAGAAGGUGGAGCUGCUGGCGCCGGUCGGGCGUCACCCGGGCGGCGACGGUGACGCCGGCGCGGCCACCGCUGGCGGCGGCGUCGUUGGCGGCUGCGGAGAUAUCGGCGGUUGUGCCGGUGGCGGCGGCGACAGCGGGAGCGCGUCAGCGCUGGGGAACCACGUGCGCGGAGGCUUUUACGACGGCGGGCGCAACCACGUGGAGAGCUCCCCGCUGCUGGGCUCGAGGCGAGGCGACGGAGCGGGCGGGGACGGGCGCCACUUCAUCAAGCUGCACGGGCACUGCCACGCGUACAGCAAGCUGUCCAACGACGACGACGCCGCCGCCGCUAAGGAGGAGGGGAAGCGUGGGGCGCGCAGCGGCAAGGACGCCGACGGCGCCGGCGAGGAGGGGGCGGCCGAGGAUGGCGCAGCGUCGCCCGUCACUUACGAGACGCGCAUGUGAGCAGUCUUCGCGGC